AUGAAUUCGGUUUUCGUUUUCGGGCUUCUUAUCGGGGCAGUUUUUGCUUGGCCCGCCUGGCAUGGACCAGAGGUCGCUGCCGCUGAGGGAGGGAGCUGCGAAGGCUACCAUCUCGUCGCCGAAGAAGCCAAAGAUCCAAAAGUUCGCCAGGUUGCCAAAAUCCUAGCCGGCAUCGUCUGCGACGCCGACGGUGACACCAUCAAAAAAUAUAAUGACCUUGGAAACUGUGUUGCCGAGCUGGACCCGGAGGAUCCUCGUCUUCUCAAGGGUUGCGCGGCGGUUGUUGACGACGACGAGUCUGUCUGCGAAAACACCGCCCAGGCCAUCCACUGUCAAAUGGAGAACACGUUGUCUGUCUGCGGACGGCCCGACGACAUGGCCUUCCUGGCCCGAUUCAUGCAGAUUGGGUGGCUCGUGGUGGAACACCCUGAAGAAAUCGCGGAGUGUGCCCCCGCAAUCGAGGCAAUGUUCGAAAAGGCUGCGGCUCAA